AGAAGAGGGAGAGAGAGAGAAGGCAAGCGUUCCCCCAGCUGUUUCCUGUCUACAGUGUCUGUGUUUUGUAGAUAAAUGUGAGGAUUUUCUCUAAAUCCCUCUUCUGUUUGCUAAAUCUCACUGUCACUGCUAAAUUCAGAGCAGAUAGAGCCUGCGCAAUGGAAUAAAGUCCUCAAAAUUGAAAUGUGACAUUGCUCUCAACAUCUCCCAUCUCCCUGGAUUUCUUUUUGCCUCAUUAUUCCUGCUAACCAAUUCAUUUCCAGACUUUGCACUUCAGAAGCAAUGGGAAAAAUCAGCAGUCUUCCAACCCAAUUAUUUAAGUGCUGCUUUUGUGAUUUCUUGAAGGUAAAGAUGCACAUCACGUCCUCCUCGCAUCUCUUCUACUUGGCCCUGUUCUUGCUCACCUUCACCAGCUCUGCCACGGCUGGACCUGAGACCCUCUGUGGGGCUGAGUUGGUGGACGCCCUUCAGUUCGUGUGCGGAGACAGGGGCUUUUAUUUCAACAAGCCCACGGGGUAUGGCUCGAGCAGUCGGAGGGCGCCUCAGACAGGAAUCGUGGACGAAUGCUGCUUCCGGAGCUGUGAUCUGAGGAGGCUGGAGAUGUACUGCGCGCCUCUCAAGCCUGCCAAGUCGGCCCGCUCUGUCCGUGCCCAGCGCCACACCGACAUGCCCAAGGCUCAGAAGUAUCAGCCCCCAUCUACCACCAAGAAAACGAAGUCUCAGAGGAGAAGGGAAGGUGGGCCAAAGAAACAUCCAGGAGGGGAACAGAAGGAGGGGACGGAAGCAAGUCAGCAGAUGAAAGGAAAGAAGAAAGAGCAGAGGGAGACUGGAGCUAGAAACUGAACACAGGCAAGAAAGGAAAACGGAGGAGAGAAGGACUAAGACAGAGGCAAGGAGGAUGAGAGAAAAGCAGACAGUGAGAAAAAAGUGGGAGAUGCUAUAGAGGAAAUGAAGAAAAGUAGGCCCGCUGGAGCUACAGAAAUCAUGUGACAGAAGGAGAAAUGGAGAAAUGUGGAGAAACUAAUAAACGUGGAGAAAUGGAAAGGGAAAAUGUCAUGCCCAAGAAAGUCCAAAGAAAGAUAGUGGCAAGAAUGAAAAAAGAACAAAAAUUAUGAAAGAGGCAAAUAAAACAAUUCCCCUCCCCACCAAAAAAA